AUGAAAAAUCCGAGUUUUGCGUACCCGCUGGAUACUAAUCUGAGAGGCAGACUAUGUCUCACUGAGCUUGUUUUCCAAGAAGAUAGAGACAUUGACUCAACCUCAACGUUCCACUGAGAUACGACCCCUCAAGUAUUAAGUAUCAACGUAACUAGUAAUCCAAUCAUUUCGAUAUCUCUUCCCGCUGAAUGAAUUGCUAAAAUUCCUAUCAGCCUCCCGUACGCAUCUCGUGCGAACGAAUCGGUAACCCGUAUCUCGCAGACACUCCAGUCAUCGUGAUAAGAUAUAUUGGGUGGGCUGGUUUGUGCCACUGAAUUCGCCAUAAAUAUGGCAGUUAGCGUCGUUGCUCCGACACAGAACACAGUAAACUUUUGGCUAAUUCACCAUGUCCACCUCGUACGAUCCGGAAACGAAAAUUUGGUCCGGCGUGAAGCUGCCGGGGCCAUUUAAUCCACAUGCGAACCUGGGACAUUUGAUCCUCAACGUUUUGGAACGGAAUCCGUCCAUGGUGGCCCAGGUCAGCGUGGAGUCUGGAGUGGAACUAACCUGUGACGAGUUACGUCUUCGCUCGAUACGAGCUGCCCAGAAUUUGACCAAGCUGGGCUACAAGCAGGGUGACAUGAUUGGUUUUGCCGUGAGGAAUCGGGAAAAUGUGGCUCCGUUGGUGUACGGCUGUUUCCUGAUUGGGGCCCCGAUGAACUGUCUCGAUCCGGACUUCUCGGUGGAUGAUAUGGCGCACAUGUUCCGUAUCAGUAAGCCGGUGCUAGUGAUGGCCGAUGAAGAUAAUGUGGAAACCGUGAAAAGUGCUUGCAGAGUUGCAGGGAUUGAUCCAAAGUUCGUUGUUGUGGCAGAUGGUGAUCGUGAUACAGAUGAUCUGUCUAGUUUGGAUUUGCUCCAGAAAACCGGAAGUGAACAAUUUUAUUUUCCACCGUAUCUUGGCGACUCGGAGAAGCUCAUCGCUGCAAUUCUUUGUUCAUCUGGAACUACCGGAAUGCCCAAAGGGGUCAGUCUUUCGCACGCACACAUCAUUCACCAAAGUGGCUUAGUAUGCAACAUGCAUCUAUCCAAGCCUCCGUUUGCGUUCAGCUCUCUCUACUGGGCUUCGGGAUUCUAUCAGUUGAUCCAGUGUCCGUUCAACAACGCCACCCAUUACAUCUCAACCCGACGAUUCAGUCCAGAUGUACUGUUCGAAAUCGUACACAAGUACGCUCUGACGCACGUGUUCUGUCCACCUGCCCAGAUGGCGAUGAUUCUUCAAAGCCCGCAGUUACCGGAAGCCGAUCUGUCCAGCUUGAAGAGCUUCUAUUCCGGCGGCGGGUUUGUUUCACCGGGGCUUCGCAAGUCCUUCGAGAAGCUGCUACCCAAUUGCAAGAUCAGCAUCGGCUACGGAACGUCGGAGAUUGGCUAUGCCGCUUCCGAUGGCUUUGGGUUGGUGCGGGAAGGAUCCGUUGGAAUGUUGGCGCCUAACAUCGAAGCGAAGGCGCUGGAUGACGACGGAAAUCAAGUGGGGGUUAACGAAAAAGGCGUUCUCUGGUUCAGAUACGCCAUCAGACCACUCGGCUACCUGUACAACCAGGAAGCAACCGACGAGAUUAUGACCGAUGAUGGCUGGGUUUGCAGUGGAGACAUAGGAUACUUCGAUAAGGAUGGUUUUCUGUUUGUGGUUGACAGGAAAAAGGAAAUCAUCAAGUACAAAAACUACCAGAUAUCUCCGGCGGAGAUUGAAGCCGUGAUCGAGCAACUUCCGGAAGUGGCCCAUGUCUGCGUUGUGGGUCUGUGAUCAGGUGUUGCAUGUAGAUUUACCCACUGCCGUGGUUCAGCUGCGACGGGACUGCACUCUAAGUGAACAACGUGUGAUUGAUCACGUGGCUGAAAAGCUAGCGGAUUUUAAACACCUUCGCGGCGGAGUUUUCUUCGCAGAUGAACUGCCAAUCACCAAAUCGGGUAAACUUCAAAGGUACGAGAUUAGAAAGUAUGCAGAGCGGCGGGCAGCUUC